AUUUCUCCGAAGAUCCAGUACAGCCUGUUUUCUUCCCGGAGGAGAAAACACUGCUAUGGAAAACAGAGCGCUGACUGGGUGGGGAUUAUGGCGCGGGGGUACCGACUGAACUCUUCCCUGGCGACCUUUGCCUGGGCCUUUGCAGCUGCUUCUUCAACACAAGCCGCUCUGUCCUCCUGCGGGAGAAAGCUUUCCAUGGACACAGCCUAGAAAAGAGACAUAGGUCUCAGGUAGCACCAACUGCUGACCCACUGCCUUGAUGACGUCACUCAUGCGUGCCUUCCCAGCCCAGUUCCGGCAGCCCUCAGUCAGUGGCCUCUCCCAGAUCACCAAAAGCCUAUAUAUCAGCAGCGGGGCAGCUGCCAACAAUAAGCUCCUACUGUCCAGCAACCAGAUCACCACAGUCAUCAAUGUCUCCAUGGAAGUAGUGAACACCUUCUAUGAGAACAUCCAGUACAUGCAUGUGCCUGUGACUGAUGCACCCAUCUCAUGUCUUUAUGACUUCUUUGACCCCAUUGCUGACCGCAUCCAUUCAGUGGAGAUGAAAGAGGGCCGCACACUGCUGCACUGUGCUGCUGGAGUGAGCCGCUCUGCUGCCUUGUGUCUUGCCUACCUCAUGAAGUACCAUGCCAUGUCCCUGCUGGAUGCCCACACGUGGACCAAGUCUUGCCGGCCCAUCAUCCGACCCAACAAUGGCUUUUGGGAGCAGCUCAUCCACUAUGAGUUCCAAUUGUUUGGCAAGAAUACCGUGCACAUGGUCCCUUCCCCAAUGGGAGUGAUCCCAGAUAUCUACGAGAAGGAGGUUUGCUUCAUGAUUCCACUGUGAGCCACCCUGCCAACCCCCUCGUUGGGAUCAGCAGUUUAGAUCUGUUGUUGAUCCUAUUCCAAGAUCUCAACUUGAACAUUCUAUUUUAGUUGACACAAAAAACAAAUCAGGACCGAUGAGAUAGCUCAUGGUCUAAAGCACCUGCUUAGGUAAGCUUAGGCAAGCAGUCAGGGAUCAC